AUGGCGACAACAGUAGACACCAGCAAGAUGACGAACCCCGCCUUCGUCCUCCAAGCCAUCAAAUCCGUGCACAUCGAAGACCGACCGGUCCCCGCGCUGCGCGACCCGGCGCACGACGUGCUCGUCCACGUCGCGCAAACGGGCAUCUGCGGCUCGGACGUGCACUACUGGCAACGCGGACGCAUCGGAGACUUCAUCCUCACCUCGCCCAUAAUCCUCGGCCACGAGUCCUCCGGCGUCGUGACCUCGACCAUCGGCAGCGCGGUCACGCACCUCAAGCCGGGCGACCGCGUCGCCAUCGAGCCGGGGGUGCCGUGCCGACGCUGCGACUACUGCCGGGCGGGCGACUACAACUUCUGCGCCGACACGGUGUUCGCGGCGACGCCGCCGUGGGACGGCACGCUGGCCAAGUACUACAGCGUGGCGGCCGACUACUGCUACAAGGUGCCCGACCACGUCGACAUGGAGGAGGCGGCGCUGGUCGAGCCCGUGGCCGUCGCCGUGCAGGUGUGCAAGACGGCCGGGUCGCUGGCCAACAAGAAGGUGCUGGUCUUCGGCUGCGGGCCCAUCGGCGUGCUGUGCCAGGCCGUCGCAAAGGCCUACGGCGCCAGCGCCGUCUACGGCGUCGAUAUUUCGCAGUCGCGUCUGGAUUUCGCAAAGGAGUUUGCUGGCAGCGACGAGACCAUCUUGAACCCGAAGGUGGACAAGGAGGGCGCGGAGCCGGUUGAGAAGGCUGAGAUUGCGGCCGGCAUUCUGAAGGAGAAGUUGGGUCUGGGGCUGGGUGCGGAUGUGGUGUUGGAGUGCACGGGGGCCGAGCCGUGCAUUCAGGCUGGCGUCUUCGCCGCUAAGUGCGGUGGCACGUACGUCCAGACUGGCAUGGGCAAGGAGAACGUGACGUUCCCCAUCACUACGGCUUGCAUCCGCGGCCUGCACAUCAAGGGCUCUAUCAGAUAUACGGCUGGAUGUUACCCGGCAGCUGUCGACCUCGUCGCCUCUGGUAAGGUCCAAGUCAAGAAGUUGGUGACAAACCGCUUCAAGUUUGAGGAGUCGGAGAAGGCGUUUGAGCUGGUAAAGGCGGCGAAGGAGGGAGUGUUCAAAGUAGUAAUUGCCGGUGUUGAGCAGCCCCUGCUCGGAUAG